AUUGGAGAUAUCGCAGUAAGCUAUAUUUGUACAUAUACAAUGUUUUGUUGUUGAUUUAAGACAGCGUGAUAAAUGCUACCUUGAUUUGAAUAAUGCAGAGUUAGUUUGGUCGUUAAAAUGAAAUCAAAAGGCUUAUUAAAAUCAGCAAAGCUAGAGAAUUAACUAUGGCACCAGGUGCUUUGUGGGACGAAGAAGAGUUACAGAAAAGAUCGAGCCCAGUACCUCCGUACCCUGGGUUUGAUUUAGAUGGAACCUAUAGUCCUGAUUGUCCAGUUCCGAGGGUUAAAUGGGGCGCGGAAGACAAUCUAAACAGAAAUAGAGGUUCGAUUGAUAAGUGGGCGUUUUAUGGAGAGAGCAUUGCGUCACCAAGGCCUGAGCCCCGUUGUCCGACCAGAGAGUCCGUUGAUAACUGGACGCAUGGACGUCAUGGAACAAUAAAGCCGAUAAUAGAUGGUUUUGCGUCUCCUAGACCGGAAACUGCCCCACCAAGAAUUAAAACGGAAGCGGAAGGUAUUGCACGUGUCAGUAGAGGUUUUAGAAUGUGUAACCUAAUUACAAAGUACGGGGAGUUCGGUGCUACUCCCCGAGUUGUCAGGGUGAAACCGGAAGCUGGAGAUACAGCAACUACCCAUAAAGGUGGCCGGAUGAAAAAACUUGUUCACAGUUACGGGAAGUUACCCCUCUCUGCACGUGGAGUACCACGUGUCAAAGUUGAAGGAGAAGACAACGCCGACUUAGACAAAGGCAAGCGUAUGAAUAAACUUAUUCAUAGUUACGCUAAACAACCUCAGUCUGCACGUGCUGUCCCGAGGGUAAAAACCGAGGGUGAGGACAACGCUGAUUUAGAUAAAGGUAAACGCAUGAACAAUUUGAUUCACAAAUACGGUCGGACGCCCCUGUCCGCAAGGGCUGUCCCGAGGGUUAAAACUGAGGGAGAGGACAACGCAGACCUUGAUAAGGGGAAGCGAAUGGACAGACUGGUGCAUAGUUGUGAAACCUUACCGAAAUCCCCUCGAUCCCCUCCGAGGGUAAAACAUGUAGAGGGAAGAAAUAAUAGUUUUAGAGGACGAGGCUCAAUGGGGAAAAUCUUUCGUGAUAUGGGAAAUAGGACUUGUACAUUUCAACCAGGCGUUAAAAAGAAAUCGUACCUUAAAACUGCAAUGAUGUGAUUGUUUUAAGACAGCAUUUACAACUUUUAACGUGUUUUUUUCUUUCAGUAUUAGUCUCCAAACUAUGGUGCUUAUGUUGUUUUCAUUAUUAUUAUUAUUAUAUUGUUUUUUGUCGAUUUUCUUUUAUUUUGCCCAAAAUAUUCAAUUUAUAUAACUGAUAAUUCUGACUGCAGCCUACAUUUGAAAAUGCUUAAUAAAGUCUGUUUUAUCAUAAUACGGUGAGGAGCCAAGGGUUCCACCAUUUAUUUUUAAUUCUUUAGGGAAUAAAACUUACUAUUACAACAGAAUACUAGUAUGUUAAGUAUUGUAUGGCAGCUUUAACAAAAAAAAAAACCCGAACAUAUCUCAGGAUUGUGUUAUCAUAUUUUUCUAAUCUUUCUGGAUCAUUGAUCCAAUAUACAUACUUCAAAACGUGGGUUUAAAACGUUUGACCUUCUGCAAAAAUUGCAGGGAAAAAAAAUAAAAUUUUCAUUGGUCAAACAUUAAUCUGAGAAUCUCAUUGGCAAUUCUUAAAAAAAAGUAAAAUAAUAUAAAGGAUAUGUGAAAUUGUCUUAUUUUUUGAUUAAUCUAAAGGAGUUUCGGAAACGAAUUUUCCUCUGCGGUUGCGCAGAUUUUUAUGUGUUUUUUUUUCAAUUUGAAGUUAAUGUGAUGGGAUAUCUAAGUUUAAAUUUAACAUUUCUUCUUGAAUACUAAAAUGGAAAAUGACUUUUAAAUAAAAACAGAUUAACUUUGGCCGAGUAUCUUUUUUAAAAAUACUUCUUGUUUGUCAUUACGAUCAAUGAAUCUCUUUUUUAUUAGGAACAUACAUAUAUGUGUAUAUGUUUAUUAAUGCAAUGGAAAUAUAUGCUAAG